CUGGUUUGUCUCUCCGCCAUCGCGGAGGCUGCGUGGUUAAACUUUCCCUUCCAAGCCGUGUUAGCUCUUUAUUCCUGUGCGAACAAAACUUGCACGCAUUCAACGGACUCCCGGGUGUGUGGAGGUUGGUGUGGAGGAACGAAAGAAGAAUAGAAGGCACAAGCCAAAAAACCUGUGUGUGUGUGCUUCUUUCGAGAAAAGUGAAAUUUCAUCUUCGAAGCUGCUCUGCUUUGCUAGUGCAUUUGCUGUGUCAACCGUAUGUGUGUGUGUGUGAGUAUGUGUGUGCGCGAUGGCGGUGAACUCGAUCCAUUACAGUGAAAGCAAAGGACAUCUCAGCCGUGGCCAACUUUUCCUGUGUUCUGUGCGCGUGUGUCUGUGUGUGGUGUACAUAAAACAAGUGUAGUUACGUAAUUUACUGUGGUGCGCAAAAGUUUGACCGAAUCAUCGCAGUAGGCUUCUCUCGUCUGACACGAUAGGGGUCGCACAUUCCAAGGGGUUUCGCCAAGCAAAGCAAUGAAGUAGAGUUAAAAUGGCCGAAAACGAUGACGGGAAGGUACGGUAUCAUUAUUGUGUGUAGUGAAGCGUUCUCUACUCCAGUGAGAUAUGUGCGGUAAGAAAAUGGAGUGCAGGUUUUUUUUUGGUUAAUUUGUUGUUAAGUGAGUGAGUGUAGUGCGUGUGUGUUUCUGUGAAAAUCGCUGGAUAAAGGCGUUUCUGUUUGGCGGAAGUUAAAGCAACGUACUAAAUCCUGAUCACCUCAAGCCGACCAAGUUAUCCUCCGCUGUAAGUGUUCAAUGCCGUAGUUCUGUGUAUGUGCAUGAUUGGUGAUAAUACAAUGAGCAAAAGUUUCCCAAGUUUCUCAGCGGUGUUCUCUAAAGUCGCAAGUACCAGUUUUGUGGGGCAAGCAUCGAAAUAGCCCAUAAAAACCUCCACCUGCUUCACACAUUAGAUCGAUCGAGUCAGAUCGACCGUGUGUGUUUGUGCGUGUGUGUGUGUGCAAGGGCUUAGGGUCGCAUUCCAGUGCAAUACCGAGGAAAAAUUCGUAGCAAGUUCCCGACAUCCAAGAGAAUUAAAUGCUUGAUCCGAGUGCCGGGAACAAGUUUACUCGGAAAUAAUUGAAGCCAGCGUGAAAAUAGAGCAAGUGUGAAAGUGAAGCACGCCCGCGUGCGUGUGUGUGUAUGAGGUUUCGUUUGGGGUGGGAUAAUUCGUUCGGAAAACUCUUUAUCCGAGCCCCAUCGGUCUAAGCGUGUGAGUUGGUUGCUUUUUCCUUUCUUCUUCUUUCGGUUCGUCGCGGCAUAGGCGAACGCAGCCUGCUAAGUUCAUCGAUGAUGUUCCCGUUGCUAUGGUAGUGUGGUGCGAGUCGAGCAUCCAGUGUUCAGUGGUGGAUGGAGCUCGGUGGCGUCGCACGUUCUAGACCCACACUGCAAGCGAUUGCAUCGUCCCGAGCACAGCCGACCGUUCGUGGAAAAUGCUUUGCUUCUUCCGUGCUGAUACUGCCCGUGGACCAGUAACUAGCGGACGCAAUCAACGUUUUGAGAGUUAGCGCCACCAUGUCAACAGCCAAACGGCUGGUUCUAUCGUUAAGAGGUCGUAAAGAAUCUCACGGCACCGCCGGCACCUCCUCGACCCGGCUCGUCUCCGCCAACAGCACGUCGCCCGGCCACGAGCUCGACGAAAUAGCUGUGGUUUCGGUCGGAGCCGAAUCCGGCCACGUAUCCUACGGUAGCUUAUCCCUCGGGCACACCAAUGGACCUCGCUACAUUCCAGAUGAUGACGGGAAUGCAAGUUUUGACAGCACGAAACUGUCGAGACAUCACUCGCACUCUCUCAACGGUACGGACGCGGCAAUAAUGCAUCUAGCGCCACCGCCGCUCGAAGCCGUCGGAUCCGAUUUCAAUACGAUUCAAUCGUCCGCGGACCAUAACCGAAACUCUGUGAGCCGUCAAAGUCUCAUGGAUAUCGUCAGUUCCAAGCUAGGCAUGUCCGGCCCCCAGCUGGGCCAGAGCAUAUCGCAGCAAGGAUUCUUCUCGUCCCGUGACAGCCUCGCGGCCUCCGGUACGUCCCGGCCCCUGCACUCCCAUGUAUCCGCCACCACCUCCGAGAUGGAUCUGUCCCGGAAGGACAGGAAGCGCGAGCGGAGCAAGCUGAAAGCGGGCGAUCCACCGCUGCUCGGUACGUGGAGCCGGACCGGGCCCCGCGAAUCGAACGCCAAUGCGAUGGGACCGUGUGCGACCCGCGCCUCCACCAACCAUCUGGCCGCACCGUGCGGUACCGGUACGGGCAGCACCUGCAACGGAGCGGAUCGAUACAUCUUUGGACGUCGGUCCGGCUGUUCGACGUCGUCCCGCAAGUCGAACGGACGCCGGUGGUCGUUCGUGUUCGAUCCGGCCGGCCGGCUCUGCUACUACUGGUCGAUGGUGGUGUCGAUGGCGUUCCUGUACAACUUCUGGGUGAUCAUCUACCGGUUCGCGUUCCAGGAGAUAAACGGCGAAUCGAUCGUGCU